AUGCCAACUGAAAUCGGCAAAACCAAGUGUGGAAUUGUUCUUCCAGCUGUCGGCAACAUCUCGCCGGUCGUGACUCUCUUACCCUCCCAAAAGCCCGUUCGAGCCAAGCGAUUGCCAAGCUUUUGCGCAAACGAAGGAGAAAUCUUCUCGCGCCGUCCAGUAGAUAAUACGGUAUACGAACGGAAUGACGUCCGAAACCGCUUCGUCCAUGAUAACACUAACAACCGACGACUUGCGCCGCACGCCCGUCUGAAUGGAUUGACCAACGCAUGGGACAAGGUGCUGACGUGA